UAUUAAAUUAUACAUAUUGUUUCGACUUUAAAUAUCGGGUAAAUCCGGGAAAAUUCAACCCUAUUACUAUCUGUCAAAUAACAUUUUCAAUUUGAAAUCAGUCACAGUUCUGUUAGGCGUUUCUUUAAACAUAACUUAAACAUUAACUUGUGAAAAUAUGGAACCCAAGGAAACUCCGCGAGAACCUGUUGAACAAGCAGAGGAAGAAAAUGUCGAACUUAAAGAGACAGACUCUUCAGGGCCUCCAAGUCCUGAAGGAGCCAGUGGAUUCGGUUAUACAGUUACCUCUAUAGCCGAAGACAUGAUUUCGAAAAGUUUUAGUGAACUAGGUUUACAUGGAGCAGGCGCAGUUGAAUCUGAAGUAGUUGUUUCGUCCUCUCCACAGCCUCAACAGCAACAGCAACAGAUAACUCCUUUCAGAUCCGGUAUUCUUAAAGGAAUUUCAUCUCAAAUAUCAGGACCACCUUUAAAGAAGCGUGUUCAUUUUGCAGAAAGCAAUCUGGAAACCAUCUGGGACGCCUUCGAUUAUUUUAGUUCAUCCAGCGAAGAAUCCUUGGUUAAUUAUGCCAUUAAUACUAAAGACUCCGAUAUACGGUCUCUUUUGGAUAUCAUUGACGUUUCAGAGGGAAAUAUUGGUAAUUCGGGAGCUUCAGCCGCAGCAGGAGAAGACGAUUCUCAACCACCGGACGAAGCCGAAGAAAACAUGGAUGAUACCAAUAAUAACAAUCUGAAUAACGAACCACAAGAUUAUACCCUCAAGAAACGCAAACGAAAAUAAGAAAAUGUACUAUUAUUUUCUGUUUUUAAUUACUUCGUAUUUCUUUAUGUGUUAAUAAAUAAGUAAUUGAUAAUUAGAAGUUUCUUUAGAUGUUAUUUCGUUCUCAUUUAUAAUUAAUAUCGUAGUAGUUGUAAAGUUCUUUGUUCAUUUAUGUUAAACGUUGCUUAUUUUUUAUAUUUCGUAUUCCAAUAAAAAAAUGUUUAGUUAAGCUGUUUUA